UUUGCGUUAGGUGCAGAGAGCCGGAGAAACAGGAGGAAAAAAAUCGUAUUGCUAUUGUGUACCCCGCCAUCCUGCGAACGAAGGGAGCAUAUAUAGGUCAUAUGUUCACUACCAUUACGACAACAUAUUCGUCGAUAGCUGUAAUUUGAAUUCACAAUGGUACUUUUUAAGAGGUGAUAAACACCAAGUCAGCAAAGAUGAGUAGAAAAGAAGACGAUAUAAUGGAGGUGGACACCAAAGAAGAAGAGGAGAAAGAAAAGCAGAAAGACGAGAGUGAGGAUGACGAAGAGGACGACGAUGAGGAGGAGGGUAGUCCCAAGCGGCGGUCAUCAAUGACGUUAGCGGAAAGGAGACUGAGUCGUCUCAGCUCUGGAAUGGAGAUGAGAGGUAUGAUGACAGAGUCCUACCCCUGUAAAGAGUGCAAGGCGUCUUUCUCUCGUAAGAGCAAGCUGGAUUAUCACAUAGCCACCACUCAUCCAAAGGAAGUACCCGUUCCUAUCGAGGAAAAAAGUCCCAAUAAGAGGGGCCCUAAACCCAAAACACCCAAGAAGAACAAAAAAGCAGAGAAGCCGCCUAAAGUCGCAACCCCAGAAGUCAAAGAGAAGAAAGCAGAGUCUAGUCACCAGGCAGAAGUUCAUAGAGCGUUACAGAAACAAUUGCUUGUACACCAACAACAACAAAAUCAGCUGCUGCAUCAGCAACAUCAGCAACAGCUGCAAGAGCUACAAAAAGAGCAUCAACAGCAGCAUCAACAGGAGCAGCAGCAACAGCAGUCACCGGCUAUUGUUUUCCAGAACAAACAACAAUCAAAAUUGCCAAGGUGACAAACAUCAGUAAUGAAAAGGUCAAGUACAAUUGGGGCUACUAUUGCACGGCAUGUGAUAUGUACUUUGCGAACAUGUUCGCUCAGCAGUUCCAUUGUCUUCACGGCCAGGCAAAGUUCCGUUGCGAGGCUUGCUGCAUCUGCUUCAAGCUACGAAAGAACUUCAUGAGCCACGUCCAAAUGGUACACGGUGUUGACAUUCCGGAGGAGGUUUUAGCGAGGAUGAGGCCCCGCUCGGAGAUACGUGCGAAGCAGGAAGCAGAUGCCGAAAAGAACGG